ACCCAUCCCAUCCAACCAUCCAUCCGUCCAGAACCUUCCGAGGCCACGCGCCCGGCGCGCGAUCUAGAACCUUCCACAGCCUUCCCGACGCCUCCCGACGCGCGCGCACUGUACGGACGGGUAUUUAGCACUGCGGCCGCCACUCCACUCCACCCCCCGCGACCGCCCGACGGAAUUCACCCACCGUCUCCCCUUGGUUUUUUACCCACCAUUUUCCUUAUUACCGCGCAAAGAUCUCGCCCGCCGCCUUCGAUUCCGUCCCAAAAAUCCGAGCUUUCAGUGGGAGCAGGGCUGGUGGGGCGGGGGUCGGCCAUGGACGCGAUGCCGCCGGAGGGCAUUGUGAAGGAGGAGGAGGUGCUGCUGCACGAGGAGCACACGCACCCGCAGGCGGGGCCGCAGCAGCAGCAGCAGCGGCAGGACGGGGCGCUUCCGCGGCCGAUGGAGGGGCUGCACGAGGCCGGGCCGCCGCCGUUUCUCACCAAGACGUACGACCUGGUGGAGGACCCGGCCACGGACCAGGUCGUGUCCUGGGGCCGCGCCGGCAACACCUUCGUCGUCUGGGACCCGCACGUCUUCGCCGAGGCCCUGCUCCCGCGCCUCUUCAAGCACUCCAACUUCUCCAGCUUCGUCCGCCAGCUCAACACCUAUGGAUUCAGAAAGGUUGAUCCUGACAGAUGGGAGUUUGCAAAUGAAGGUUUCCUUAGGGGUCAGAGGCAUCUUCUCAAGAUGAUCAAGAGAAGGAAGCCGCCAUCCAAUGCGCCCUCAUCACAGCAGCAGGCCCUCACAUCUUGCCUGGAGGUUGGUGAGUUUGGAUUUGAGGAAGAGAUCGACAGGCUCAAGCGCGACAAGAACCUUUUGAUCACAGAGGUAGUGAAGCUAAGGCAGGAGCAGCAAGCUACUAAGGAUAACGUGCAAGCCAUGGAAGGCAGGCUACGUGCUGCUGAACAGAGACAGGCCCAGAUGAUGGGGUUCUUGGCAAGAGCAAUGCGUAACCCACACUUCUUCCAACAAUUAGUCCAGAAGCAAGAUAAGAGGAAGGAGCUUGAGGAUGCCAUCUCGAAGAAAAGAAGGCGGCCUAUAGACAAUGCUCCAUUUUAUGGUCCCGGGGCGACAACAAGUCAGAGCGAGCAACUUGAUUCACAGUUCCUGUUUGAUUCUGGUGUCCUCACUGAACCUGGAAUGAAUGGGAUGGAGAAUUUAGCGCAGAACAUUCAGGAGCUUGGGCAGGGCAAAACAGACGAGGAGAAGAAGGAUGAAGCUAAUGGGCAGCUGGAUAUCAACAACGAUUUCUGGGCAGAGCUAUUUUCUGAUGAUUUUGGAGACGGAGACGGGUCUGGGCUGUCAGAGUUGGAGGGAAGGAGACCUGAAGAUAUCGAUGAACUGGCUCAGCAGUUGGGGUAUCUGAGUUCUACUAGCCCGCAGUAGAGUUUUGUUCACAGUGGUUCACUUCAACCAACAAACAUUGCUUCUCCAGUACUACUAUUGCAGAUCAUCUUGAACAAUCUGAUUUAGUUGAUUGGUGGCAACAUGACUGGCUAUCUGAGGUGUUCCAUACCGGAGAUUGGAACACCUCUGGGUAGAGAGUAGAAGCUGAAGACUAAUUGCUGCGUCGCUUGAUGGAGACCCAUGACGUGUAUUGAAUGGUUACCUAAACUCGCUACUCUGAAGAAGAUGGUCCAGGUCGUCGACAUUCGGUUGUCCUGAGCUGGUGUUCAGCAGCAGUAGCUGUGGAAGUGUGUUACUGUAUAUACUCGUUGGGUGAAGUUUUGUUGUGAAAGUCUGGUCUGUAGUCAGCCGUUGGCAUCUGGGUGUGGGUUUAGCCAUUUCUCCUGCUGCUGUCCAUUUGCCAAUUUACCUUACUUUUAGGGCCUGUGUCAUGUGUGAUGAUUGGUAGUGUAUGCUGGAACCUCUGUUAUAUUGAGAUAAUAAAUGUUGAUAACCUUUGCAA